UUUCGACUUAGCAAAUACACUAAGAACGAACAAUGUCUGUAAAGAAACACUUAUGCGGCCCUUGCUUCGAGGAGGAAUGCGAAAUAGAGGGCGUUGUGUUUUGUAGAGAAUGUGAUGAACCACUUUGUGGUCAGUGUAAACUGGAUCAUGCAAGAAUAAAGGUUUCCAAGAACCACAAAAUGUGUGACCUUGCGGAUGUGCCUCCCCAGGAGGUAAAAGAACUUCUAAGGAACUUGAUUAUAUGUCCGAAUCACGGAAAGGAAGAAGUUGUCUACUUGUGCAAAGACCACGAUGUGACAUGCUGUAGUAAAUGUGCUAUGGCUGAUCACAGAAAGUGUGAGGAAGUAAAGGUACUUUCUGAUAUUGUGCAUGAUAUGAACAUGGAUUGUACCACAUUGAGUAAAAUGUUACUUGACUUGCAUCAGCGAGGCGAGAUUCUUUUAGAACAUGAACGCAAACAACAACAAUUGGUAUCUGAAAUUGAAAGUCGAGCGUUGUCAUCCCUCAAAACCAUUAAACAGAAACUAUUAGACAUGUAUGCACAACUUGAGCAUGAAGUGUUAUCUGCUAUUGCUGAUAAGAAGAAAGUAAUAGGAGAAAAAAUAGAAAGAAGCAACGAACAAACCAUUCCGUUUUUCAACGAGAUCGAACAGCAGUCAACCUACAUUGAACACGUCGAGAAAUUUGGAACUCCUGAACACGUUUUUCUCCUGCAACGUCAGCUUAAUCAGAAUGCGAUAUGUUGUCUGAAAUCAACCGUGGGUGACUUGGAAAACAAUAGAAGCCAAUCUAGUGUGAAAUGUGUUGAGGAUACGUCUUUUGAUAGCCUACUGAUAGAAAUAAAGAAUUCCUUGCGAAUUGAAGACUAUGCUUGUGAUGUAAGCGAGUCGGACUCAGAUACCAAUAACAGUCAUUAUAAGCCAUUUGUGGGGCAACAUAGUCAUUAUAAGCCACGUAUGGGGAAACCGGUUUUCUGUGUGGACUCAGAUACCAAUAACAGUCAUUAUAAGCCAUUUGUGGGGCAACAUAGUCAUUAUAAGCCACGUGUGGGGAAACCGGUUUCCUGUUUAAACCCCAAUGGGAAUGCCGGAAUUAUAAAGCUUCAAACUACCAAAGAUUUGAGUAUUCUACCAUUGUUUGACAAGACAGCAUAUCCCGAACCUCAUACAUGCAUAUGGAUAGAUAAGUACAUUGUAAUACCUCUACACGAUGUAAAUGCACUACUAGUGAUUGAGGAAAAUAGAGAUAGUGUAAUAUCGAAAUUUAAUUGUGACUCUACGCCUUGGUCAGUUUCUAAGACAGGUUCGACGGACUUAUUAAUUACUUUGCCUUAUAUUAACAAAAUUGCAUUAGCACAACUACGUUUUGGAAAUGUGCACGUUUUAACACAACUAAAAACACGACUUCCGUAUCACUAUGUUACUAGAUAUGCCCCAGAUGACCAGUACAUAUGUAUGGCUGCAAGAGAUGGGAAGAUUGACAUUCUUAAUAAUUACGGAACGUUGCUUCGUGAAAUAAGUUUAAGACCAGACAUACAAGAAUCCCUGUUAACUGUGUAUAGUUGUUGUUAUUUUAAGGCAUAUAAACACUUGUUAAUAAUUUCAAGUUUUGAGUCCGAAAGACUUAUGGCGUUAAACUUAAUUGGAGAAAAAGUAUUUGAAUACAAUAACAAAAGUAUGGCGUUGAACUUAAGUGGAGAAAUUGCUAUUGAUGCAAGUGGGAAGACAUAUGCGCCAUGCAACGAUUUUGAUAUCAUAAAUGAAGGCUUUCCUGGAGGAACGUUUAUCAUAUCGCUCCUUAAACAGAAUGGAAUUAACUUAAAACGUGGUUUAUGCUUCAAUAACACGUUUGAUAAAAUUGCUUUGUGUGAUUGUGACUUGUUGCCUUGCGGUAAAGUCGUCAAUCCAAAGCUUCGCGUGUACAUGUAUACAUUAACUUAUGAAAACGCAGGCCCGUACGCAGGCUUGGGGCCCAGGGGCCCCCACCCUCGCGUUACCGCCCACAUCUGGAUGUCAAAUCCUGCACCUUCUCCGCCCCCCACCCCCCAGUCAAAAAUUCCUGCGUACCGCCCUGAAACGAUUUCUUAUACAAACAGUAAACAGUCAAAAUUAAAUGAAUAG